UCAGCCGGAGUCGGAGCGGAGUUGGCGCACAGCCGCAUCAGAGGGGCGUCCUGACAGGAGCGGCUGGAGGAGAAAAACCUGCUCACCGACUUCCUACCAGCUUCAUCCACAUGUCUGCUUCAUCCGUAAACAGCAGCAGCGACACUUUCUCACAUUUUUAAACACAUUUACUGACUGUUUGGAGACAAACGGAAAGAAAGGAGUCCAUCAUUCAGCGCUGCGGUUUAAAGUGGGAAGUUUUGCUCCGGAGAUGUCUGGGUCGUUCUGCAGAACUUUGUACCCGUUCAGCGGGGAGCAGCACCAGCAGGGGCUGAGCUUCCAGGCAGGGGAGAUCAUUAAGGUGGUGCAGGCUCUGCCCGGAGGAUGGUGGGAGGGGGAGAAGGAUGGAGCCAGGGGAUGGUUCCCCUCUAGUUAUGUGCAGGUUCUGGAGAGGACAGCGUCUCUGAGUCAGCAUCCUGUGGAGGACAUCAAAGAUCCUCUGCCUCCUCACUGGAGAUGCUACAUGUCUCCACAAGGAAAGAAAUAUUAUGUCAACACUGCAAACAAUGAGACCACAUGGGAGAGGCCGUCCAGCGUCCCAGGGACCCCCAAGAACUCCAUCCGACACAAGAACUCUCUGCCAGCAGUGAACGGAUUCCAUUCAGGUGGUAGCCCCUUGCAUCAUGGAGACCAUUCACACAACAGUCUGGUUAGGAAGAGCAGUACAGAGCCUCAGAGCCCUGGAUCAACGUCACCCACUAGGAAACAAAGCAAGGAGACAACAGUUACGAUCAACUGUGUGACGUUCCCGUCCCCCGUCUUUAUGGCCGAGCAGCAACUGCUGAAACCAGACGAAUGGAGUUACUGUGAUUACUUCUGGGCUGACAGGAAGGAUCCCCAGGGCAACGGUUGCAUCACUGGAUUUGAGGUUCUGUUGCAGAAACAGCUGAAGGGUAAACAGAUGCAGAAAGAGAUGGCCGAGUUCAUACGAGAAAGAAUAAAGAUAGAGGAAGAGUAUGCCAAGAAUCUCUCGAGGCUCUCGCAGAUCCCUCUCGCAAACCAGGAAGAAGGAACUUUAGGAGAGGCCUGGGCCCAGCUCAAGAAGAGCCUGGCAGACGAAGCUGAGGUUCAUCUAAAGUUCUCUUCAAAGCUCCAGAGUGAGGUGGAGAAACCCUUCCUGACAUUCAGGGAGAACUUCAAGAAGGACAUGAAGCGAUUCGACCACCAUAUCGCAGACCUGCGGAAGCAGCUUGUAGGUCGUUACGCAGCCGUGGAGAAGGCAAGAAAAGCUCUGGCAGACAGACAGAAGGAGCUGGAGUUAAAGACACAGCAGCUAGAGAGCAAACUCAGCAACAAAACGGAGGAGGAGAUCAAGAAGGCUCGGAGGAAAUCCACACAAGCAGGAGAUGAUCUGAUGCGCUGUGUGGACCUGUAUAAUCAGUCUCAGUCUAAAUGGUUUGAGGAGAUGGUCACCACCAGUCUGGAGCUGGAGAGACUGGAGGUGGAGCGAGUGGAGAUGAUCCGCCAGCAUCUCUGUCAGUAUACAACUCUACGACACGAGACGGACAUGUUCAACCAAAGUACUAUGGAACCUGUGGAUAAGCUCCUACAGUGUGUGGACCCAUUGAAAGACAGAGAGGUGUGGGUGAAGGAGAAUAAGACAGGAGAAAUCAGGCCCGUCGACAUAGAGAUCUGACCUGCUGGCUGGGUGAAGAGCUCUCACCAGGACAUGUAGGAGCUCCAUAGAUGAGGAUAUGAUCAGGAGUAGCUCUGUGACUGGAUCUUAACCCCCUUUCUCUCACUAAUCUGUGUGACGGUCGAAGAGGCUGAGAAAGAGCUCACCGGUUCUUUAUCCACAUGCAGAUCCCUGAUGAGACUGAUGUCCGUGUUUCUCCGAACGUUUAGGGAAGAUGGCUGCAGCAAAGUUUUGUUUAAGUACACUGAUUUAUUAAACAGGAACAUGGUAACUAAAGGGGAACUGUUUCCUAAAGGAUACUCGGGUGAAGUAAACGAUGAAGCAGCACCGACUUGUACAUUUGUAAAUAAUGAAAAGCUUUAUGUCAAGUAGAAGUAUAAUUCUGACUCUCAAAAACUGCUAUGAUUUAACAGGUGCUGCUAAAGCUAUGAACAGUUUAGCUUAGGUGGUUGACAUAAUGCUGUAUAACCACGUUAGGUUAUAAUACAAACAUCAUUGUGAUGCUACAACCUUCAGCUUCUGUUGCUACAAUCUUCUGUUGAAGCCAAUAGUUAUUGACUAAAAACAAGAUGCAGCAAUUAUACAUAAUCAACAUGGAUUUACCAUUAAAAUUAGAACGACAUUUAUAUACAUGCAACAUUUUCUAUCAUUAAUAGGCUGUUGGAAAAAAUUAAAGGAACACUUUGAAAACAUGAUAAAAAAAAAAAAUCUGAAUUUUCACAUCAAUUUGGAUUUUUCUUGCCUUUAUUGUAAACAAAAGAAGGCCAAAUCUUUUGUUAAACAUUUAAAAAUUACUAUUCCACUGAGGAUUUA